CAGGGGGGGGGGGGUUGGGGGGGGGUCGGAACGAUGGAGCGAGCAUGAUGAGAGAACGGCGGAGGGGCGCUGGGAGACAUGCACUGGCCGCGGAUCUUCUCUGCCCUCUGCCUGUUGGCUGCCUGGGACCAUGUGACCAGCCAGAUGCACGGCACGCUGGGAUUGCCGCAAGGAGUGGCGGCAGGAGACGGGCGAAGCCAGGGCCGAAGCGACGCGUUUGAUUGGUUGCUCACGGACCGCGGGCCAUUCCACGAAGCAGAGGAGUACAAAGACUUUCUCAAGAAAUAUAGCGAGGGCUACACCGUGCGAUACAAAAUCUACAGGGAAUUUGCUCGCUGGAAAGUGAGUAAUAUCGCGGUGGAGUCACGGGCGGAGUUCCCGCACGCACCUUUGCCCCUCUCCCCGGAGUUCAUGCGCAGCGUGAGGCAGCUGGGGCGACGGCCAACUCAGCAGCAGCUCCUGGAUAACUUCAUUCGAAAAUACGGCACGCAUUAUGUCGUCUCGGGCAAGCUCGGUGGCGAGGAGAAGCUGACGAUACUGGUGGACCUGGCGCGGCUCGAGGGACGGCCAGACAACGGCUCUGCGCAGGGAUUGGAAGCCAUCCAGCAGCUUGCCGCCUCCUACUUCAUCAACCGCGAGAGCACGCUGCGUCGCCUGCACGAGAUCCAGAUCACCGGCUGGGCCGUGCAGGUAACAGAGACACGCAAGGGGCCCCUUGGGUGCAGCAGCUACGAAAACCUGGACUUGGUCAGCUCCGUCCUCAUCCACAGCACGGAGAACAAGAUCCAGCUGCAAGGCCUGCAGACGAUCCUGCCCGACUACAUUCGCGAGCGCUUUGUGCGCGCGGCACUCGGCUACCUGCUGUGCAAUGCCGAGGGAGAAUACAGAUGCCACGGUGGCGAAUGCUCCUGCCUCUGCCUGCCCAAGUUCCCCAACUGUAAUUGCCCGGAAUCUGACAUCGCUACGCUGGAGAGCUCCAUUCGCAAGCUUGGGCAAGACCUGGAGCAGACCCAAGAGGACUUUACGCAAUCCGAGGAGUUCAAGGCGUUUGUGCGGCGACUGCCUCCGGAGCGCCUCUUGAACUCGUCGGUGGUGUUCCGCUUUUGGACACGGGACGACGCGCUGCAGGCCCGCCUCGGGGUCGUGCGAGGUCGCCUGCAAGGUGUGAAGGCCAAGAUCAGCCGAGCCGUCCACCGCCUCUACAGCCUUAGCCGCCGCUGCCCCAUCAACCCGGCCAUCCGCCUGCCAGCAGAGCGGCCGCUGAGCUACUGGAUGAACCGCGUGCUGUCUGCCCUCUACUGCUCCGAGAACGGCCAGCUGGGCUCGUUCCACGAGGCCACGGGAACCUGCGCGUGCCCCAAGUCCUCGCUGGGCUCCGUGCUGACCGGUGCACCGGCGGCGGCGACCUGCCAGCGGCCCCUCGGCUGCACCGUGGGGGCCGCUGGCGCCUGCGCCGUCUGCCCGACCAGGGACCAGCAGAGGCCGCAGCAGACGCAGAGGUGCGUCGCCUGCAACCCGGGCUACGCGCUCACGUCGCAGGGCCGCUGCGAGCUGACGAUGGCCGACCCCGACCUCCUGGAGCGCCUCGUGAGCUUCGAGGCGCCCGAGUUGGACCUUCACGACGACGAGCUCCACGGCCUGCUGGCGCGGCGCGACCACCGGCUCGUGGUGCCCGCCAACUUCGUCAGCAACGACAUGCGCCUGGGCAGCUGGUUCGACCCGGCGUUCCGAAAGCGCAUGCUGGUCACCCUCAAGAGCAACAAGCUGAAGCCCAACGCGGUGCACAUGCUGCUGGGAAUCGCCCUGCAGCUCUGCCAGACCAAGAACAGCACCCUCGAGCCGCUCAUGGCGAUAUACGUCAACCCCUUCGGCGGCAGCCACACGGAGAGCUGGCACAUGCCGGUGGGCGAGGAGUCCUCCACGCUGGCGGUCCCCGCGAGCGUGGAGGACGAGACGGAAGACGCGGCGGCGGAGGAGGACGAGGAGGAAGAAACCGGCGCCAGGAACGCCGCGUACAGCGAAGCGGCCGCGCCGGGCUCGCGCUACCCGAGCUGGGAGAUCGUGAGGCUGGACAGCCCCGGCGCGCAGUGCUACAACUACAGCAUCAUGCUGGGCGCCGAGCGGAGGACCCUCUUCGAGACAGUGCACGUGUACCUGCGCAGCCAGCCGCGCAACGACACCAAGCAGCAGCAGCAGCAGCCUCCCGCCGAGCCGCCGGCCGAUGCUCGCGGCCACGGCCACAUGAAGGUGAACGGCGUGCAGGCGUUCGGCUACAGCACGCACUUCGACGCCGACGCCAUGCGCGACAUGGUGCGGCGGGUGGACCGGCAGGCCGCUGUGGCGGCCGCCGCCGCCGCCGCGGCUUCGUCGCCGGGGUCGGCCGCGAGAUCGGCGCCGUCGCUGCUCCUGCAGCAGGUGGGGUCGUCGGCGGAGCGCGAACGGACCAGGGAGGCCCUGCAGCUGUUGCUGGAGGCGCGCGACCGCGUGAACCGCUACGCGCCCCUGAGUCAAGAGGCCGACCGACCCCGCCUCGACCUCUUCUCCUGCCUCCUACGCCACAGGCUGCGCCUCAGCCUGGGCGAGGUGGGGCGCGUGGGGGCGGCCCUGCAGGCGUACAGCGCGGGGCUGCCCGGCUACGCGGGCUACAAGACGUCGCCUCUGUGCUGAGGCGAAGCGCCGAAGCCGUUCGUUACAGCCUACUGUUGCGGUGAAUUUCAUCGUGCACCCAACGAGAAUGACUGCAAAACAAAAAAGAAAGGACUUCAGCUGUUGUUUCCUUUUUUAAAUUCGGAAAUGUCAGCGGCCUCUGGUUUAGUUUUUUUGCUUUUGCAAACGGAGACAAACGUAUGAAUUUGGGAAGUGAUUGGUACAAGUCUGUAGCCAUACCUUGUAGUGCUUGUAAUAUGACUGGCUGAUUUAAGAAAUUUGGGUGGGGGGGAUGGGGAUGGGGGGGGGAAAUGAUUAUAAUAAUUUGGUUGUCAGGGAUUGGUUCCUACAAGUUAAUAAUGUUUCGAGUAGCACACAGAAAGCAAGUGCUUUGUUUUUAUUGGGUUUGUUUUGUCACGUGUUUUGUGCAAUCAUGUACAUAUCUUAAGAAUGUUUACAGGGGGCUUAUAAAUGCUUCAGUUUUUAUUGUGUAAGUGUGCGACCAGCCUAAUAGAGGAGGCUACCAUAAUUUUACUCAAGCAUACACCACGUUAAACAGACUGUCCAUAUUUAUGAUACACGCAGAACUACAGACUUACUUUUAAAUACAUUUAGUCCAUCGGAAACAAUAACUUAUUCAUACAAAGAUAAAUUUGAGGGUUAUUUUGCAGAUGCUAUUCACUUCUUCUUAUUCAUCGAAUGUUUAU